AUGGUUAACAUUGAUAACUCCAACUUAGCUCAGAGAGAUUCCAGCACUGUUAAUACACCAAGAGGAGCCGAUACAAACGUGAACGAAGAAAUGAGUAGUAAUGAAUAUCCUUUGCAUGAUGUUCAGCAAGAUUCAAACGCUUUGGAUUGUAAAGGAGAUGAACAGCCACGAAAAGUGCCAUAUACAAUGCACGGUGUAUUGCAUUAUUUGCAACAUGAAUGGAGCCGUUAUGAAAUGGAUCGGGCGCAGUGGGAGAUGGAAAGAGCUGAAUUGCAGGCACGAAUAAGCUUCCUUCACGGUGAGCGAAAAGGACAGGAAAAUUUAAAGGCCGAUCUGAUCCGACGCAUAAAAAUGCUUGAAUACAGUUUAAAACAGGAACGAGCUAAAAAUUAUCGCUUAACUCACAACGGUCAAGAUAAGCCAGAAGACGAAGUGAGCCCGGAUGAAAUAGCAGAGACUGCUGAACAAGUUUCUCUUGAUGUAGAUGCCUACGCUUCGCAGUGUAACAGCGCCUCCAGUUUUCGUAAUGCAAGAGCUUUACUGAGACAAUAUCUGCAGGAGAUUGGUUACAGUGAGACGAUUUUGGAUGUUCGAUCUUUUCGGGCUAAAAAUUUAUUGGGACUGAUGCCACAUUCAGAUUGGCAAAAUGAUUCUAACAGCGCUUCUCGGCAAAAUGCCGUGAAGGCUCUUCAAGAUACUGAUCGAGCUGUAAUGGAAGCUGCGCAGUAUCUUCGGAAAAAGAAAAAGGAUAACUCUGUACCAGUUGGAAGUGAUGAUAGUUUUAAAUUCCCAAUAAAAAUUAUUUGGGCACUUGCUGUUAUUAAUAAUGAUUGCAGCGAUUCGGAAGAUGAUGAGAAGACAGGAAAGGAACACAAGGAUUCUCUUGAUCCGGAAACUGUGGAUGCGCUUGGAGAGUUUUCCUUUUUAAAAGAUGAGAAAACAAGUGUUAGCAGAAAGCGAUCAGAAGGAAGUGGUGAGUGGAGCAUCAAUCAACGUGCUAUUGAUCAAAUGAAGGAAAAGUUCAGAUCGGAACAAGAAAGAAAACGAAAUAAUAGUCAGAGUGAUUCUUCGUCAGGUAGAGGACCGCCACAUCAACUUCGCUUAGGAGCGGAUGACGUCAAAAAAGAAGUAUCUGAUGAUGAUGUGCAACAUUUUUUCUGUGGUAAAAGUAGGCGAGAGUUUAUGGAUAUCAAUGCAGCUCUUGGAAUUGCUGAUGAAGGAAGUGUUGAUAUCAAAGAUGAUUUCAUUAUCCCAGAUGACGAUACAACGAAUAUUCGGUGGAAUUUAAAAUUUACGCUACGCUCACAUUUCGAUAGCAUUCGUGCCAUGCAGUUUCAUCCCGUUGAACCGGUGCUUAUUACUGCUAGUGAAGACAGUACGGCGAAGCUUUGGAAUCUGGGUAGUAUCUGUAUGAAAAUGGAUUUAAAAGGAAAUCAAGUCUCAACACAUCCACAGUCUGCAAUCACUGAGCUGGAGCCAACAUAUACGUUCCGCGGACACAAUGGGCCGAUCCUUUCAAUGGAUAUGUCACCAACGGGUGAUAUGUGUUAUACUGGUGGUUUUGAUGGUGUUGUGUGUUGUUGGUCGGUACCAUCAGUUAAUACGGAUAUAUAUGAACCAUACGAUUCGAAGGUGUUAUGUGAGAAACUGAAAGGUCAUACCAGUGCGAUCUGGUCAGUUGCGUUUCAUUCAUCCGAUAAUCGCCUCGUUAGUGCUUCUGCUGAUGGAACGAUUAAACUCUGGGAACCGGGAAAUACGGACGCCCUUAUCAAAUCAUUUGGUGCUGUACUGCCAAAUAUAAAGCCAACAUCAGUCGACUUUGUUUCAACUGAACCACAGCAACUGCUAGCGGCUUAUACUUCAUCAUAUGCUUCAAUUAUUGAUAUCGAGACCGGUUGCAAUGUGCUGUCAUUUGAUUUUGGUGAUGAAGAUGCUGGAACAAUUACGAAAAUUUUGUCACACCCAACGAUGUCAGUAUCUUUAACUGCUAGUAAUGAUCGCAAAAUACGCUACUUCGAUAACAAUACUGGCAAAAUGAUUCAUGGAACCGUUGCACAUGUUGAAGCAAUUUCGUGUCUGGCUAUUGAUCCUAAUGGUCUUUAUUUACUUUCCGGUAGUCAUGAUGGUUCUUUACGUCUUUGGAAUAUGGAAAAAAGGAUUUGCUUACAGGAGAUUGCGGCGCAUCGCAAAAAGUUUGAUAGCGCUGUGAUGACGGUUGCAUUUCAUCCAAGUAGGCCUUUGAUUGGUUCCGCUGGUGCCGAUGCCCUUGCAAAAGUGUUUAGCUCUCAAAAAUAUUUGCAUGGGAAUAAUUUUGACUCUUAA